UAUUGAAAGGGAAAUAAGUAAAGCAGGUACUAGGCUAUUCAAGAAACAUACUACCAAUGACAAAUGUAAAAAUACAGAAGAAAAAUGGGUUAGCUGAAGGUUGUCGUCCUUACCGUGUAUAAAUGUGUGAGCAGCAAAACAGUUUUAAAAUGGACAGUUGUAAAUACAAUCGAAACAAACCAAAUUUUGUUGUAAAUUGCAGUGGCAAUGACUGAUUCGAAAUGUAACAAAUGUUAAAUACUGUAGUGGAGUGAUGCUUAACCAACCAACUGAAACAUCAAGAUCUCCUGUUUUCAUAGAAUCCUGUGGUCUCAUUCCUUGCCGUCGACCCACUCAACAUUUUAGGGGGCCCACAUCCUCUCGCUUCAGAGACCACCACAUGCACAAAAACUCCCGUUUGAUGAUCUUUAUCUUAUUGUUGUGCAAAAUUGGUCUGGCUGCUUCAAAUGGAUUCAAAACUAAUACAUUAACUGAAAUGGAGUCAUGAGUGAGAGAAGUAUUGAAAGAUGCGUUGUGAAAUCCAUCAACAACAUGCAUUUACUUAAAUAACAGAAAUUGUUAUACAGCUCUUGUGCAAACUGAUGAAAUAACAGAAAAGUUUUCAUCCAGAUGUCUCGGUGUGUUUUGAUAUUUUAGGUCAUUAUUGAAGUUGGGUUUAUAGGCCUCCGCUGAGCUCGAGGUUAUGCACCUGAGACCACAGGAGUGCAUACUGUUACUUUGUCGGAAUACAACUUGAGUAUCGCGCGACACUCCACAUCAUGUUGCUUCUUCUGAGCAUUGUGUUUUGGACCUUUUUCUGUUUUGAUGUCACAUUUUUUGUGUUAAUCUUUUUUCCUGAACUUUUUAAUUCCUCUGCAUUUUUGAGGAGAACACAACAUGGGAUACACUAAUGAGAUCUAACUGCAGCCUCCAAAAGGCCUUUACACACACAAUAAUAUUAAACAAUCAAAUGUACAAUACGAAAAGACCAAGCUAAAAUUUUAAACAUUAUUACUAUUUAAUGUUUACUACACCAUUAUUUCACAAUGGUAAAUUUGCCGCAUUCUUCCAGGAGUGAUUCAGAAAUGAAACAAAAACACUUUCUCAGUAGAAGAUGAGAAUUGGUAAUCAAUUAACAUAUAAAAUAAGUGUAAAUUAUUUUUGAACAAAUUCGUUUUGAAUGAUAAUCACCGACAUUAUGUGUACUAUACAAGGUGAAGUGGCUAGUGUGUUACAUGCAGCACCAUUCAGUAUGAAAUGUGUGUCGGAUUAGGCAGGGCGUUACCAUGAUGAUUUUAGGACCCGGCAUAUAUUGAACCCGCCUAUCGUAUCUGAGUGCUAUAGAGCAGAAAAUGAAAUGAUCAGCACUGCGUGUCAGUCUCCACACAAGAUCAACAAAGAUGCGAACCCUUGCUCCUGAACCAACAUCACUGUUGUGGACUCUGUUCACACUGCACAUGUGGUCAUUGGGUUUGGGUCAGACCGUGCAACAAAAUGUCAGCAUCCUCUACCCUCAACUCCUCACUACUCAAUUUAUUCACUGCAAAUGCCUUGAUGUCGCCUGCCAAACAGUCUUCUGGUUCCGCACGCUUCCCGGCCAGAAUAAAGUUCAAUAUUUGGGCAGGUUCAACAUUGCCAAUCGUAUAGAUUACGCCGAUAAUGUGGAUGUCAAUCGGUUCCUAUUCAACAAAAAAAACACUGACAUCUUCACACUGCAAAUCAUAAAUGUGACCAAAGAGGACACUGGGACCUAUUCUUGUUUUAUGAAGGACAGAAGAAAUAACGAAGAGUGGCUGGCUGGUGCUCUUCUUCUCCCUGGAGAAAAGCCACCAACAAUACCAACUGAAUCACCACGCAAACUUGACUGUAGUUGCAAUGAGACAUCACCAGCAGAUGAUUGCGACUCACUUAUACUUUGGGCAUUGGUUGGUCUCGUCACAGUCCUGAUGACCACUCUUUUCUGCACCCUGUACUACUUCAGCCGACUUCCAAAAAAAUGUCGCCACCAAUUUGUGAAGCGGCGUUAAAAAACAAGGUACUGAAUGAACAGCAUACCUGCCGAAGUAGGUUCUUUGCUCCAGACUAUUUUCAAAUAAUUGCAAAAUGUAGUUGUUGAAACUAUGUUUAGGUAUUGUGUUUCUCACGGUCUGUUAAAUGAUUAAGUUUGUACGAUUUCCUCCCAUUUUGAGUGGUGGUUUUGAAAUAAAGUUGGCUAUUUUCUAGAAAUGUUUAUAAAUUCACAAUUACAUGUUGAAAUCUUUCAAAACAAAAUAUCUUCAAAUACUGUCAUUUGUGUCUAGGAUCACGUGCGAAAGCGUAGUUAAGACAUGCAGUUAUCUUUUUCCUUCGCUUUGCAGUCUAAUUCUCCAGUCAACCACCAUGUUAAAGAAGACUUACAUAUCAUUAGUUCAAGGCAGUAUUUUUUUUGUACAUUUUGUCAUGUAAAUGCAGAACAUCUAAUUUACUGUGCAUUGGAAGUUGAUUAAUUUCACGUGCUAUUGCAUUAUGAAAGGAAAGAGCUUUGUUGCUCUUUUGCCUAUGCACAUGUUAAGUUUGAAUUCCAACUGUAAACAACAUGUAUUUUAUUUUGUAUAUGAAUUCACUAUUGUAUGUUGAAAUCUUUAAAAAACAAAAUAUCUUUAAAUUCUCUGUAUUUGUGUCUGGGAUCACAGGGUCGGAAGCGUAUUUAGGACACGCUGAUAUAUUUUUCCUUCGCUUUGCAGUAUAAAGCUCAAGUCAACCACCAUGUUAAAGAAGACUUACAUAUCAUAAAUUCAAUACAGUAUUUUUUUGUACAUUUUGUCAUGUAAAUACAGAACAUCAAAUUUACUGUACGCUGGAAGUUGAUUAAUUUCAUGUGCAAUUGCAUUAUGAAUGGAAAGAGCUUUGUUGUUCUUUUGCCUAUGCACAUUUUAACUUCAGUUUGAAUUCCAACUGUAAACAACAUGUAUUUUAUUUUGUAUAUGACUCUAUGGCUCCUCUUUUGUGCACAAACACACACACCUGUGUGAUAGAAGUGUGUGUGUGUGCUUGGGGGGGAACUGAGCUGUUGGAAGCUAAGGGAGUACGUGCGACUCUUUCCUGUGUGCAAGAAGCUCGAGCCUUGUUUACCCUUUGUGCUCCUCGUUUACACUGGAACAAAAAGACCGCAAAAGUACCACAACAUGUACCACAAGUACUAUGAAAGCACAGAGACAACAGAGUUUACAAAGGGAAUAAAACAUAAUAAUCAUCAUGACUUCUUUAAAACAUUUUUAAAUGAUUUCGUUUUUAUGUAUAUUUGAAAAUAUUUUUUCUGUACUGUAUUUUACUUAACUGUACCAUAUGUAUUUUUACACAUUACACAUGUAAAAACAUUGCAAGAGAAAAUAUGAAAUGGCAAUAAAUCCUCUUUACAUCAAUAUCUACAUGUGGCAUUUGCAUUAUACACAAUCACAAGAACUUACCGUAUUGGUUGUUUUCUUCUUCUUGUAAAGCCCAAAUCAUACAAUAAAACAAAAUAGUUAUAUUUUAUAUAAUGGUUUUAAUAUAGCCUACCACAUAUAAACGCUCAAGUUUAUAUUUGUUUUGGACCCUUCAUGAUUUGUAACAAACUACAGUCUGUUCUAAGAGCCACACAUUUUUGUUUUCCAGCUCAGGUUCGCAUUAAAAUAAAGCACUUAUUUAUAAUGCUCUCAACAUUUUGGAUUGGUUAUGUACAUACAAAGUGGCUUCGAUGGAUGACCUGAGUAUAAUGUCCUUUUUCUGUGUUUGAAGCUGCUCAUGUGAUAUUGUAUCAUUCUCCGCCAUUCUUGAUCCUAUUAUAAUCGAGCUCUUUUACACACAUGCACACAUUCAAGUAUGAGGUUGGACAUUCUCAUUGUGACUCAGACAGGGAAGCCCAUGGAGGUGUUUGCAAAUGAUACACAGAGGAAACAUAGUGUCACUUUGGGUCUUCCCUCUCACAAUGAAGCAACAAACGAAUCCCCUGAUGAGAUGAAAAUUAACAUACAGCUAGAGUCCCUAUAAUUUCUUUUUUUAAAUGCUACAUUAAAUGAUAAUGAAAACAUCAGAACAUUCACAAGUGUGACAGUUAUUCAGACGUUGCUCUGCUUUAUUUUUUAUGUCUCCCCGCCACGGAAUAAAUAAAAACCCACAACACAGUGAAUGCACUGCCCACUACUCAACUGUUGUACUGUAUUUAAUUUCCAUCAGUGAAGAGGAAAUGGAGCCGAUGUUAGAAAAGAGCUCUAAACCAAGAAUGGAAAAUUCACUUUGUUUCUCCUGAACUACUCUAUUGUAUAUAUUUUUUUUUAAUCACAAAAGAUUGAUAUCAACUGAUUUAUUGAAGCCACUAUUUUUGCAUUGGCACUU